UUUGUUUUCUUUACUCUCUCUUCCUAACUGUUGCAGUGGUUUUUUUUUUUUUUGUUUGUUUGUUUGUUUUCUCCCUUCUUGGGAUAUUGUCUGUAAACCCUUGACUUAUUAAAUAUAGAUUUAGUGUUGUAAUAAACUGUUUACUGGGGCUGCUUGUUCAUAUGUUGUAGACUUCCCCUCCCCCCUCCCAUGCAUUCCUCCAACUCCUCAGUCCCAUUCAUUUAUGUUAAAAUGUCUGUGUCCCUCAGGUUCUUUUUCAUAGUGGAUUCUAGAACGUUCUGUGGCAGCUUGGCCAGUGCCGACUUGAGGGAGAGAGGGCUUUUUAUGGUCUGUGUGCAGGGCGCCUGUGCACUGCUGUGCACCUUUUCGCAGCAGUGACUCAAAAAUGGAAGAGAAAAAAAAAAAAAAAAAAGAAACCAGUUUGGUUCUGGAAAUACAUGCAUUUAUAGCGAUUUGUUGUAACUCUUGUUUCGCAAAUCUUACAAACCUUACCUUUUUUUCUGUUUGUCCUGUGGCAAGAGGUGUGCUGGUGUGCCUCUGUGCAAAAACACUGUGAAUUUGCCGGAAAGUCUGGCGCGUCGAUCAUUUGAACACCCAAAUGUAUAUAUUUGCUGUGAACAUUGAUGUGAUAACGUUCUGUUUUAAUGUGUUUUUUUGGGGGUUGACUUAUGACUGCUGACUACUUUAUAUGUGGUGGGGUUUUUUUAGGGAUGUGCAGAUUUGGGGGGUAGCUAUGGUACUUGGACACAGACCAUACCAUUCCGCAAAAGUAAUUUGCGGUAUGCAAGAGAACAUGUGACUCGUUUUUAUAUAAGAUGCCUUAUUACGACAACAUGCUACGGUCUUAAGAAGUUUCCGUUUUUUUAAAAAAGAUUUUCAGUGUUAAUGCAAUCGAGCAUUUACCGAACGUAAAAUUUUGGUAUUUUUGAAACAUUUCGUCGAUUAUUUGAAUUUUCUAUUGAAGUGAAUUGAAGAGAUGAUAAUUCUUAGUACAUUGAGGAAGUUCUUGAAUGGUCUUUCCCACUUCAUUUAAUCUGCUCAACAAUGUUUUGAAUCCAUGUUGUUAUUUUCAGAUAUUAGAUACUGGCUAACUUAGUUCUUUAACUGAAUUUUUUUUUUUUUUUAAAACACCUAUGGAUUUCCCCCAUAGUAUAAUCAUGGCAACUACAAGGUGAAUACCAAAAAUUGGUUUUGUAUUAACUUAAUGCCUUCCAUUUGUCAAUGUUGUAUGUCCGUUCCAUAUUUUUACCAUUGUUUUUUAUUCAAAUUUCAAUUUCACAAGUAAGUGGUGACUCAGGUGAGAAAUUAAGGGGUAUUCAGUCAUUGAAAGUGUAAUUUUGGGGGUGUGAAGUGAUCAGAAGCCAAAGCAUAAGAACUGUAAAACUAGAUGCAGUUAAGAGAGCAUUUUCUUAAUAGUGGGUUUAAAGGCAGUGUGUGUGGGUAGAGCUCCAAGCCUCCUGCAGCCAAUCCAGUGUCUGCAUUCGAGACUCUUGUGACGUCACACCCGGUGUCUGUUCAGGAUUUGUUCACUGCGCCCAAUGACACACACUUUACAGCUGUCGCUUUUAAAAGGCACAAGUUGUGUCCUUUUGCUACCAGUAGGGUGCGCUACAAUAAGAAAUCUGCCCACUCAAACCCUUAUUUGUAGGUCACAGAAUUGGAUAUUUCUCCUGAUGUCUCUCAGUUUUAGUUAUUUACUUUUUUUUUUUAAUUUGGAGAAAAACGUUUCCCAACAUUCUGCCUUUAGUUAAAUUUGUAAAUGGCAUUAAUUAGCAAGAUCACUGGAUUAAUUCAACCAAAUGCCCUUCUAGACCUCAAUCCUGUACAUAAUGGUUUAAAAAAAAAAAGCCAAACUCAGCUUCUCUACUUUUGUCCUCUUUAGCUUGUAAAUACGAAAAGUCAAAGAACAAUUGCUUGUUUAGAUAUUUCCUAAAGGGUUUUAUUGUGGCUAAUUUUUUUUUUUUUUUUUUAAAUAAGUUUGUCCAGUUUUGCUUUUGAACAAAGUUUGAUAGGGCUCGUGGGCUUCUUCCAUUGUAACGUACAGGAGAACGGGAUGGGCAUGGUUUUUUUUUUUUUUUUUUAAAGAUGCACUGUCCUGUUUUAUCCUAAAUAAACUAGAUUUUGCUACUUGGGAACAAAGAAAUUUUUUCUGAAAGUAUUUCCCUGCUGCCCCUCAGUGCCUGUUUCCAGACCCAUUUGCUGUUCGAAAGGGUUCUUGUUGACAUUUCUGUUUUAAUUUGGCCUGAAGUGGUUUAUCCAGGCAUUUACUCACCUGUGUAUUUGACAUCUGUGGAUGAUUAGGCCCUUGUGUAGUUUUAUUAUAGUGAAAAUAUUCAUUGAAGCACAUGUUUUAAUGUUCCUGUUGACUGUAUACAUGUGUUCUUUCUGGUAAUCCAGGGUACUUUGAAGUUUUCAAAGUGGCCUUCCACUUCUGUUUCAGUGUGGAAGGGACACAUGGGACCACAGAAAGCAUCUCAGAGCUAGAGUACCGAUCUAGAAUCAGUUUUGCCAAUUAGCUCAUAAUAUAAUAAGGUUAGGAUAUAGACAGGGGAAAUCUGAUCCUAGAUCAGCUCUUCUGCUCUUGAGAAGCUUUAUGAAUGCCCUGGUCUGGCAGUGGAUUUGAUGUUGCAUAAUGCCCUCACUUCUGUACAAAGUUGAGCUGAAGUUUCUUUCCUUGAACAUUUUGUGCAAAAUUUGUGUUCAAAUUUGAAUCGUUGGGGAGACUGAAGUUUGGAACACUGGAUUAGUUUUCUUUACCCAUAAUUCCUGUUCAGUUUCCCCACUCUGAAGCCAAACCUGAAGGCACAAUUCAGUUUUAUGUGAUAUUCCUAGCAUUUCGAAAUGUCUCUGUCUCAAAACUUAACUGUUUUGGGUUAGUUUUUCCAAGAACUCCUAAACAAAUACAGCAAAUGAGAUUAUUAGACUUCGGUUUUAUUGAGAUGCCUGCCGUGCUUCUGGAGAUCUACAGUCCUGUUAGGUUUUCAGUCCAGCCCUAACAAAGCCCACACCUCAUUCAACAGCUGAAGAUCUCAUUGAACUGCUAAUUAGGAACAGGUGUUCCAAAUCAGGGUUGAAAUGGUGGAUCUCCAGGAGCAGGAUUUGGCAGCCCAGCUCUGAGCGAUUGUAAGGGUGUUUUUCAGCUGAAAGAAGCUGGGUAGGUCUGCAAGUGCAGCACGCCAACAUGAAGCUUGUUAUCCUCCUGGCGUCGUCCUUGCUUUCAGCAGCCCACCCAAACGGCCCAGCUCCGCCGUCAGGUAAGUUCUGGGCCCUCCGGCUACGGAUCUCCAUGGAUACGAGCCUGUUUUCCAGGCCUCGUGUGGACAUCCCAGAUCUGCUCGUUUCUUCUCAGGUAACGUGUGGUUCAACGGAACUCUGGCAAACUGUACUUCCACAAGGUCUUGUUUAGGCUGUAUUCUGUGAUGUAAGAUGGAAAGCAAAGAGUUGUGAGAUUGUCUCCUAAAAAAAAAAAAAAUUAUCUGAAACUUUGUGAUAUGCAUUUUCCCCUUAGUUAAAGCUCUUCUCCAUGAUACAGUUGCACAAUCUCCAGGCAAUAAUAGACUUGGGCUUGAUCUUACCCAGGGAUGUCUAGUUUUAUACAAAAACUUGUGUGCACACUGUGCCUGCAAGUUUUACCGGGCUGCUUAAAAUUCUAAGGUGGAUGUACUGUAGCACUAAGCUAGUCUGUUCUGUAGAAGCAUUAGCCGUCUUUACUCCCGUAAGUAUAUGGGACUCUGAAUCCCGUCUCGCCACUGUAUAGUCUAGAUAGUCUGUGUCAUUAAUUAAUCAUAUUUGGCGCGUCUUUUGUCCGUUUUUUGUCCAUUUGAGUAAUACCAGAUCGCAGUGUGGCUCCACCACUCUGUAUUGGCUUUGCAUUUCUGUUAAAAUCACAGUUUCGACACUAAAAUAUUAAUAAAGGUUAUUUUAAAAUAAAAUUGUGUUUGGUUGUUGUGUAUAAGUAUAACCCGUUUAGUCCGUGUUUUACUGGAAUUUUCUAAUUGCUUCAUGUAGUCAAUGUUUCCAGACGCUCCGCCCUGCGACGAUUUAAAUGUCUCGGUCUAAAGGCGAUGUACUGGUGUGUUUAGAAGUCAAACCUUUUAAAGUGCUGAAAUACCGAUAUGUAUUUGUUUAAAAUGUAGUAGGCCUAAGUGUACUAAUAUUGAAGGUGUUAUUUUUCGGGCGAUUUUAUUCAUAUAGGCUCAUCUUUAGCGGUUAAACUACACGUGCCAAAUUGUGUUUUAUAGCCGGACAGGCCCGAUGUGCAUAAAUACCUACUUUUAUAAAUAUCAGACUGAAAUGGAGAAUGAAGUGGUCGUUCGGCGUUUAGCAACCGUAAGGGUCUAAUUCCAUCGCAAAUUACUGGUUUAUUGGACUGGACAAACCAGAGACAAUUAAUCUACGGAGUAAAUGCCAGUAGAUACUCAGUUGGAGGUGUUUCAUAUAGGAGCUAACAGGAAAGCAACGUGUUGUGAAAACCAUAAUCUUAUUUUUGUCAUUUUUAGGAAAUUGUCGCCCUCUUGUGGCGGCUGUGGUGAAUUUAUUUCGUUGGUCUUGGCAACGUAUCGGGGUUGUUUUCCUCGUGUGUCGUGUGCUUCGUUUAAUUUGCCUUCACUAUUAUUAGCGAUGAUGUAUGUAAUGUGUAUUAUAGUACUGAAAUAUAUAUAGAUGUGAGCAUAGUAUAGCCUACAUUGGCAUGUGUUAAGUCUGCAAGUCUUUUAUUCUGUCCAUCUUUUCACUAUCCAUCUAAGGCGCCCUCUGGUGGCUGAUAAGCAAAAUUACGUAAUAUAAAAUGGUACGAUGUAGAAAAUGGACUCGAUUCAUAAUAAGAAUGUGUAGUUAAAUAUUCGUUGAAGACGUCUUUUUUUGCAAACGUAUUACACUAUAUGGGCUACAUCUAUACUAUUUAAGUUCUUAUUCGCUCCGUUAUUAAUGUAUAUGAGACCAGUGAUUAAUAGAGUAUGGUAUGGAGGCCUACUGUAGUGAAAGCUUUUCCCUGGCGUUUUGAAUUUGGCUCAUCAAUAUAAUGACGGCCUACAUUUCACAUCAGUAACCGAACCUCUACGUAUCAGCUUCGUUAAUCAACUGGUGGAUCUAAAGAACACAACUUAAGCUUGCCACAGCAGCUGUAACAUAAUGCAUUACCCAUCACAUAGGUUAUAGCUUUCACAGGAUUUAAAUAAUCUAUAAAUUAUGAAUCUCAAUGUACGGGUUGGCCUACGUCUAUGAAACUAUGCUCUGGUAGACAAGAAAAUACUUCUAUUUUUAAAGACGUAUAUUUCCUACACGUAGCUAUUAUCCAAGAUAUAAAUGAGUGUGUGACUAGAACACUGACCGCAUAAUGGCUUAGUAGUGUGACGUUAAUGAGUCAUAAUCUGAACCAGAACGAAUGCUCUGACUACAGUGACGUAAACAAUCUCAUUCUAUCAGUCAAGGCGACGCGGAUAUUUAAAAUCUUCCGCCAAAGGUUGUCAUUGCAGUCCGUGUCGGCUGUCUGGGAUGCGGAAUGGAAAUGCAACUCCCUAAGAUUAAUACCAUAGUGCUACAAGAUGGUACUUCCGCGCCUUUUCAACUAACGAGGAGACGAAUUUCCACUGAUAAACUUCCUGUGCCGACCGGGGCCCGGCUGACCCUAACUCGGGGACAGCUCGGGGAUGGUGUGAGUAAAAUAAGUUUGCUAUUAUGAGCAGGGGCGCCGUGUAAUCGUACAUCGUGGCCACAACCAUUUCACAUCAGUUGGUAUUAAAUUCCGAAAAUAAACAAUGCAGUUUACAAAUGUCAAAAGUUUUGAUUAGCUUGACAUUGUGCAGCUUCAUUACUUUAUAUGAGCAUUUUAGCACGCUUUGUUAUUUCAUGUGUUUAGGCUAAUUGAUUUAACAAAAUUACCACGGUAAGAGCCUACUUCCACGUUAACAGCCUAACAGAAACCGACAAUUUUCAGAACUGGAGCGAUAUGGUUUGCAUUUCCUCAGUUGUACAGGCCGACCACAGAAUUCCUACGCACUGGACCGUGCAUGCGCAUUCCGGAUCCCAUUUACAACAACCUGCACGAUCCUCACCUGCGCCACUACUACCACCGGCAGGACAGGCGCAACAUGCUAAAGGAAGGAAACUUCGUCACCGAUGACAAUGAGGUGAUAUGCUCUUUGAAGGACUACAACACGUAUGAGGAGUACCUGAGAAGGCUCAAGAUGGUAGCAAACAAAACGUAUGAUCAGACACAGUCGGCGAAGAUGGAGAAGGUGAUGAGACUCCAGAAGAAAGGUCGCGUUCCCAGGGACGUGAGGCUGGAGGAAGUGAUGGAGUCGAUCCUGGAGGAAGACUCCGAGAACAUGAGGAAGCUCCUCCAAACCGAGGCAGCCAAGAGAAAACAGAAGGGACAAACGGAGGUGGAGGACGAGAACCGACGACUCGAGGAGGCUCUAUACACAGAGCUGGACCUGCUGAGCUGGACGGCCGAGGACCGCUCGCGGCUCGCGCUGCACGAGAAGCAGUACAGGCACGAGCAGAACCGCGAGAUCUACAUGAGGGAGGUCCGGGAACAGAAAGACCGAAGGAAACAAGCUCUGGUCAGUCGCAAGUGCUCCACCAAUCAGAGGAAGCUGCAGGAAAAGAUUCAAAUGUCCAAAGAGGCGGAGCUCAGGAGGCACAAAGCCGAAGGCCGGGAGGGGAGUUUUUGGGAGCUGCCGUCCGGGGAGCCCCAGUGCCUGCUGCCGAGCCGGCCGCGGGCGAGAGGCGCCGCCCCGCGAUCGGGAGCCGCCAGGGUGUACGGCGUCACCGCCUCCGAGGUCUUUCAGAAACUGCCCACGAUCCAGCGGACGGGCGCGAACGACCGGCGGACGCUUCCGGAAAGGAAGGCGAAGGCCUCUCGGGAGAGCGCGGCGGUCGCCGGGCGCAAAGCCGACCUCCCGGACGAGGAGCUCGGCGAGCCGUCGCCGGGCUCGGACCCCCAGGGCCUGCUCCCGCUGAGGCCGCGGCUGGGCCGCCCGGCCCUCAGAUCCGGCGCCGGGAGGGUGUACGCGGUCCGGGCCUCCGACGCCUUUCAGAAACUGCCUUCGCUGGAGUCGUCGAAAUGCAGCGACCAGUAGGAGGCGCUCUUCUAUAGCCGAAAGGAGUCUGAGCAAGACAACUCUAGGGAUCUGCCGGGUCAAAUUAAUAGGGUAGUUGGGAGAUUACAUUGGGUUACGGAUGCCCUCUGCCAAAAUUCGUAAGAAGUCUCUGGG